UGGGAAUAUGCUGCCAGGACCGACUGUAGCGAAGUUGUAGCAGAUAUUCGGGUAUUCCCCAUUUUCUUAACAGAGGAGCAAACCUUAAAGAAUGCUGCACUGCGCAAUUGCAUCACGCAGGGUUUACCAGAAAGAUCGUGUGUGGCGUUUUUUAGUAGAUUUGGCGAUAAGAAAUGUAAACGAAUUGGCGGCGACAAUCAGGCUUCGAAUGAUGUCGGAUAACGGCAUUUGCUCAUCUACAUCCCCCAAUAUGUCUCUGAAAUGUCGAGUGAUAUCUCUGAAACUUUUAGAGGUAUAAAAAAGCCCUUUGAAUGAAUCCAAAGUGCCUGUUACCAUCACAUGGAGUUUAUAGAUUUUGAGGCGGAAAGCUGUGUCAUAAACACGGUCUUGGAAAUCAGAAUCGAAGAUUUCCGCACCGCUUCUGAACUGGUCGGCGAGGAAGACAGAGAUCCCCACCCCUUGGUAGAGAGCAUCUACGCCGCGGUAUAUCCCAACGGAAUAGACGAGGAAACUGAGGGUUGGCUGGUUGUCCUUCCGGAUGUGGAUGUCAAGGCAGGACGCAUCCCGGUGAACGACGUUCUAUCGUGGAUAGUGAGUGUCAUUGAUGUCGAAGGCAACCCCACUCUGCCCCGAUCUUUUGAGGGGCAUUACGGUGACUUCCAGCACGAGAAAUAUUUAGAGAGAUCUUUCAUCCUCGACCGAGCGGAUGAAUUGCUUGCCGAUGGCGCGCUAACCUUGCAUUGCGAUAUUUAUUUCGCUUGGAAUGGUGAUAAAGACGUUUCGGCCAGGCGUACGCACGAAGACAAGAAGAAGAAAAAAGAACGACUACAACCUCUGUACAAUUUUUUGCGCUCCAUACAGAAGGCAAGAAUCGAGAACGGCUCUGAAACGGAGAAUUCGAACGAUGCCUACACGAUUUAUGACUUCACGCACCAGAUCCUCACCUUGCCACAGUUCCACGAGCUGAGAAAGAGCUUCGGUGUCCACGGUAUCGCCCCGUCGUUCUCGUGGCCCAGUUCGAGAUCGGAACCAAACAGCAAAGACAUUUUGGAACACGUUUGGACAAUCGAUACACAUCCCGACAGGUUUCUUUUGUUCCUGGACGAGAAACGGGAGAAUGUGGGGUCGAGACUCAUGAAAGCCUCACCUUUCAUCACACGAUGUGUGAGCACUCCGUUGAAAAAGGAGAAACGCAUCGAACUCUGCAAUGUGGACAGUGAGACUUUCGUAAAGAUUCUGUUCUUUGUAGAGAAAGGCAUGCUCCCCCCUUCCAAAUUCGAUGAACUCGUGCACGUUUACAAAAUAUCUCAUUUAUGUGGAAUGAAAGAGCUGCAGGAAAAAUGUUCUGAGCAGUUAGUGAAGAGUCUGGAAUUUCCAACAGAUUUCGAAGAACUGGAGAGGAUCGCCUAUCUUUACUCGGAUGAACAUUUAUCAACGCUCUUGGAUAUAAGUUGCGAAGAAGACGUUUAUCCGCUGCUAUUUGGACGUCGAUUGGAUGUGGAUGGCAGACUAGAUUCCAAAUGUUAUAUCUGAUUAAUAAAUACUUUUAUUUUAUA